UCAGUUUUAGUAUCAGCCGAAUCGCCGGCUGUAGUGGACGUGUGGGGGAUUUUACGCGCGCCGUGAAACCGCUAAAACUACACGUCAGUGUUUAACUUUGUCUGAAUUUUGUGAAAAAUAAUUAUUAAAAUAUCUGUGAGUGAGUUUUGAUCGUGAUUACGUUACAAAAAUAUGGAUAUGAAUCGUGUUUGAAGAAUUCAAAAUUCAGGAACGAAAUGGAGCUCAAAACACCGAAGGCGAAGAAAAAAUCCAACUUAGCUAAACUCAUAUCUUGGGGCAGAAUGUUUCGGACCCCUUUGCUCAUUCUGUUCUUGCUCGGCACGACCAACUGUCACGACGACAGCGACAUUGACGUGUCCGAGCCGAGCCAUCUUAGGCACAAGCACAACCACAUACAGCCUAACGUGAACGAGACAAUAAAGAAUAAACUAAGUGAUAUAAAAUAUUUGAGGCGGCAUUUAAAUAAAGAAAUUGUUAAUUUCGUGAUGACUGAUUACUUAGUGGACGGUGAAAUCGAGAAUCGGGUUCAUUAUAACGGCAUUACCGCAAAAGAGACUUAUGUUGGAAGCGACGGUCGCGGCCUAAAACUGCGUCAGCUGACCGACGGCCGCCAUUUUGUUCAAGUGAUUUACUCGCAAAAUGGCGUCGUGCAAGACUGCGAAUACGUGACACGACCGAAAUCGGCAAGGGACUUCUUGAAAACGCUCAGGAGAGAAUUGAAAACGGCAUUGGACGAGGAAAGAUUCAGAAUACAGCAUGAGGACACAGAUUAUUCGGACGACGAGAAGUUUUUACGUCAUUAUAGGAAUGUUAGUUUUAGUUUGUUGAUGAAAAACGAAGCCUUGCCUCGAGAGGUUGCUAAUUGGCUUGACUACGACCAACUCAAGCUUCAGUGCUUGAGGAGACAUGAAGAAUUAAGGAACAUUCUAGAAAAUCAGAGUCAGAUCCCCGACAACUCCAUAAGGUCGCGGAGAUCGAUCAGAGAGAAUUUCAUACUGCCAGGGACUAAAUGGUGCGGGGCCGGUCAGCUGGCCUCCGACUACGAGGAGCUGGGAGACGAGACGGCCGUCGACCGCUGUUGUCGGAAACACGACAACUGCCAAACGAACAUCGGCAAUUUCCGGCGCCGCUUCGGGUACUUCAACUACAGACCGUAUACGAUAUCGCACUGUCGCUGCGAUAGGAGACCAAAGCGAGAAGUUUUGGAACUUCUCCGAGUGCCGGGGACGAAAUGGUGCGGGAAGGGAUUUUCGGCAACGAAGUACUCGCAGCUGGGCCGGUACACGCGCACGGACCGCUGCUGCAGGGUCCACGACCUCAAGUGCCCCUUCUGGAUUGGCGGGAUGGAGAGAAAAUACGGAGUGUACAAUUGGCGUGUCAAUACGCUGAUGCAUUGCAGAUGCGACGAAAGAUUCCGGGCCUGCCUUAAGCUCGCCGACACUCCGGUCUCCAACAUGGUCGGGAAGCUGUUCUUCAACGUCGUCCAAACGAAGUGCUUCAGAUUGAAGCCGGUCAAAGUGUGCAUGCAGAGGUCUUGGUGGGGCAAGUGCUUGAGGCGAGGCUACAUGAAACAGGCGUUCUUGAGGGACAACCUGCGAUACUAGACUGCACGGGCGUGACACCUUCGCUCUUUUGACAGCUGUCAAAACUGACACGUGCCAAGUACUUCUUGAUGAGUCUUCACUAGCGUAUAGUUGAUAGCGUAGAAUAUACAGGCUGUUUAGUCAUGCUAUUUAUGUUGUACGAUAUUAAAUCGAUAAGUAAUAUAUAAAUAACAAAUUAACAGUAAUUAAUUAUUGAGUUACUGGUUAGGUGUGAAACGUGCAUUCCCUAAAUGUUGAGUGGGGGUUUCGUUUUUUUGUUUUUCUCAGUCAAAUGCUCUCUGGACCAGCUUGAGCGCACAAGCAGCGUACCGAGAAUACCGCAAUACAGUAAAAGCUGUUUAUUGGCGCGGUAUAUGGCUUCGUAAAUGUGCCGCGAAUACAGGAACACGUGAUUAAGGAAUGGUAAUUUACAUAUAUGGGAUUAUAGGGGAUACGUUCCUAGGUGACAAAAUAAAAAUAUACUUUGUCGUUACCUAGUAGUAAUAAGGUCUAUUUUACUUUUUUAUUAGUCGAUUUAACGACUCGACCUAUUUACCGAUUAGAUCAAUGAAUGAAGGAACCUUUAGCCGCGAAUAUAGGAAUUAGGGUCGCAUUUUUUUAAUUCGCGAAUAGUGAAAAUGCGAAUGUAGGAAGCGCAAACUGGGAACUUUUGUUGUACCGAAUUGAGGCAGGUAUUGGUUGCAUAGGAACAACGUCUACUCGCUAAAUCAUUAUGCCCAGCAUUACCGAUAAUUUUUAUUUUUAUUAUACUUGAGUUCUAGAGCCGGCGUCUUAGUAAGAAGAUCGUACAGAGAAAUCGAAAUGAUUACUUACUUCAGUGCGCCACGUAGGGCACCGGUGACCUACAUUUAUAGAUUGACCUAAAAAAAAAUCAUUCAUAUCAAACUCCGUCUUUUGUCUCUUUCGAUCGUAUCCGAAAGUUUCUUUUACCUUUCGAAUGAAUAAAGAAAUUCAAUUAAUUAAUUAAAAACUGUGCGUCUGGGGACGCCCGACAGAAGUGAUAGCUUAAUCUAAUAUAAGUUGAACUACUUCAUAUCGAAAUUGUUUAACUUGAGAAAAGCUUAGGUUAUUACUUAAAUUUUAUGUAUAUUAAUGUAAUGAGUUGUACAAUUAAAUAUUAUGGAGGGUAGAAGUAAGGAGUGCCACAUCAGUCUAUUCAAAAGUGUUCGCUUAAUAAUAAUAAUAAUAAUAAUAAAGCCUUUUUAUUUCCAGUAAAUUUACAUAGCUUAAAAUCUAUCUAUGUUAGUUUUUUUUUUUUUUUAUUAUUUGAUAUUAAUAUUAUAUAAUUUUUUUUAUAUAGUUUUUAUCACUUACUUAAUAUAAUUAGUAUGUUUACUUAAUAUUAUAUAGUUAUCUUUACUUAAUAUUAUAUAGUUAUGUUUACUUAAUAUUAUGUAGUUAUUUAAUCUACUGGAACCCCAGAUUGGGUGAAGGCCUCCUCCAGUGAUGCCCAUUAAUGCUUAGUUUAUAUUUAUCUAGGGUAUUUCUUUCCUCUAUUGGUGACUUCUCUGGAGGGUUUUGGUCGUAUUCUUCCACGGUGACCAACCGGGUUGGAAGAUUUUUUUUAUAUACAUAUAUAUAUAUUUUUUUGUAUGUUAUUUUGUUCAAUUGUGGCAUCUUUGUGGUAGGAGGGGCUUAGUUGCUAUAUAUUCUCGCUGUUACUUUCUUGGUUGUUGUUAGUUUUGAUUGUAUUUUUGUUAACUAAGAAGUUGAGCAUGCUAGGUUUUAUGACUCCUUCUGUGAUACUAUUUGACCUAGUGACUGUCUUGCCAAUCUGCUUUGUCUUGUUUUUUUUACUAGCCUGAGUAUACUUGUCUAUAUUGAUUUGUGGGGUAUUGUCUGGAGAUGACCGGUAUUUUCUUUUACUUUGGUAUUUUGAUACAAUUAGUUUAUCAUAUUUGAGUAUAGCUGUAUUUCCCUUUUCUCUCUCAAAAAGACGCAUAAAUGCUCUCAGAAGGCCUUGGAGAUCAAAACUUUGUAGAUGGUUUGCACAAUGUUUGAUUCAAGUUUUUAUGAGUUUGAUAUUUGUGUUUCCACUGUAUUUUAUCUUCACCAGCUCCCUUAGCACUAAGUCUCUGUACACACUUAUAUAAUGUAUCUCAAGUCACUUUUUAGAUUAAUCUUUUGUUAAUUUUUAUCGGAGUCGAUGUUGAGCGUGCCACGAUCUAUCUACCCUCAAAGUGUUCGCUUAAAAGGAGCCAAUUAAGAUGGCGCCACAGUAGCAAGUGGAAAGAUUUUAAAAACAUAGCCAUAAACUAUUAGAGUAGGAUACUAAAUUAAGAAGGAAAGAAGCGUAAAUGGUAAUAAAAAUAAUUAGUUAUAAUUUUAAAUACAUACUGCAUAUUUUUUAAUUACACAACUCUAGAAAUUUUUUUAUAUUUCAAUCCAGCACACUUCGCUCUGUUUAAAACUGCUAUAUUCAUAUCGUUUCCACUUCCUACACUAGCACUAUUGCGGUGAGUCUUCCAACAUUAACCCGCUAUUUACAGGCGGACACUUUUUCAACUUGUCCCCUAUACAAGAUGGUGUCCCUUACUUCUACCCUCCAUAUUAAAUAUAAUCACAUUUAGCGCCAUCUUCGAAAUCACGCCACAUGCCACUGUGCCGCCACUCGGACCGGUCCUGUCUUGACGCAUGCUUUGUAUUACAGGCGCUUCUUACCACUACCUUCCCAUGUUAUGAAUAUCUUACAACUUUGAUCAUAAGAUUAUGUAAACUACAAUCUAAGUUACUGAAUACUACGAAAAUGUGUAAUGAAGUGUUUUAUAUAAAAUUAUUUUUUAAUAGUCAUCGUUCAAGAUGAAAGUCGUUUUUUUGUACAGAAAUGUUUAUUAGUCGGUAGACGUGAUAACGUUAGUUGUGAAAACUCUGAAACAUUCAAAAUUAAUUUAAAUUUCAACGGAAUUUAUUAAUAGACUAGUUAGAGUCGCUGUCUUAAUCUAUGAAGCGUAGAGAACGAUGUCUCGUAUGAAAAAUCAGUCGGGUGUUUCUACGGAAUUGCUUAAAAUAAUUAUGUUUCGCGUUCCCGCCAAAAAGUCCAAAAGUCGUCUUGAAGUUGGUGAAAAUAUAAUUUUAUUUAGAAUAUUUAAGUUAACUCGACUCUGGCAACAAUGUUAUCGCAAGAUGCUGAUUAUCAUACUAAAAAAAACAUUAAAAACCUUACACAAACUAUUAUGAAUGUUCAGCUAGAAUUACAUUUUUUUUUAAAUAGUCUAUCAUUUUGAUGACGUCCGAAGUAAUUCGCGCCAUUUUAUGACGCCUCAUAAACCCGCCUAAACUGCCCUCACAACUGACGCAAACAAAUAUAAGCGCUCAUACACUUAACAAAAUUUGUAUGUUUCUAUUAAGUGAAGAGUAUUUUUAUAAAGUCGACACUGGCAACAAUGGCGUCGCAAGGACCUAAUUGCUAUACUAGAAAGAAGAAGACACAAAGAUUUUUAGUACCUUAAGACCUUUUAAUUAUAACCACCAUUCUCGCUCACACCGAUCUUUUUUGGACCGAUUUUCUAGUUUGAACGUACGUCAAUGCCAAUGACGCAAUAAAAUAGUAGUAAAUAAGUAUAACAUUGUACUUAAUUAUCACGCUACAUUUGUUUAUAAGGCGGUAAGAAUGCGAUCCCUGUGUCUUUCACUACUGUCAUUUCUUACUCCCAUAAAUAAUUUAAAUGAACCUAACCUAAUCUAACGACUUUUUGGCGGGAACACGGGAGCGAAGUUGUGUGAAUGGUUUUAUUUUGUCUAUUUAGUGUUUCUUCAGGUUUAAAUGUUUAAUAACGGUGAUUUAUUAACUGUUUAGUAUCUGUGAAAGUGCACAAUGUGGGAAAAUGAAACAAAUCCGCUGGACGUAACUUCUCGGGAUCUUCCAAAAAGUCCACUGAAAAAGUCUCAGUAAAGAACCACCAUUUUACUGAGAUUAUAUUUCAUCCCAUAUAAUUUCAUUUCAUUUUAUUUAAUUUCAUACAAAUUGAUUAACGUUCCAAAUUAAUUAACUUCAUUUCAUUUCACUUCAUAUUAUCAUUUUUCAUUAAAAAAAUUAUAAAAGAUUAGGUUGUAUGGUGUGAAGAUACCUUUGCCUUUCCAGUUGGAAAAAUCGAACUACCACUACUAACUCUAACUUUCAAUCUUCAUUACUUUAAGAUUUGUUUACGUAGGCACGACAAAAUUAAAUGUAGUCAUAAUAGCGGUAACGGCUCACACAACCUUUUUGGACUUAUUCGUAACACAUCUUUUAGAGUUUUCACAAUUAAAUUAGUGACUAGUGAAUAAGCAAUAAGAUUAAAGUUCCUGUUUUGACAAUAUAAAUAGAAGUGUAUAAUAAUAUAAUUGUGUAUAAUAAUAAUAUAAUUACAUAAUAAAGGUAUUUUGUGAUCGUGUCUGUACUUAUUGUGAAUAAGAAUUUACGUAUGUAACAAUUUGAAACAAGAUUUAAUCGCUUUGCUGUAAUAAAACGUGAAAUUUAAUUAAUUUACUCUACACUUGCAUAAUGCUUAUGAUUUAAACAUUAAAGGCUUCGUCAAACAGAACGCGUAAUUAGCGCGCGUCAGAGCGCUACGCUAUGACGCCGAGAUGUGUUGUACUACUAUGUAUAAUACCGUAGUAGUACGAUACAUCUCGGCGUCGUAGCGCGGCGUCAGUUUAGCGCUCUGACGCGUGCUAAUUACACGUUCUGUUUGACGAAGCCUUUAAUGUUUAAGCCUUCGUCAAACAGAACGCGUACUUAGCGCGCGUCAGAGCGCUAAACUAACGCCGCGCUAUGACGCCGAGAUGUGUUGUACUACUAUGGUAACAUACCGUCAAACAGAGCGCCAGCGCUAUAAGCUGACAUACUGUCAAACAGAGCGUCAUAAGCGCUAUAAGCAGUAGACGAAGCCUUAAUACUUAAUAGUAUUGGUCGUGUGAUUAAUGUUAGAGAUUUCUACGAAGACUUUAAAUGUCUGACAGAAUAGUCAAGUAUAUUUUUCAAUACAAUGUGUAACAUAAGGUAACCAAAAAAUAUAUAAUUAAUUUCACUUAUUUUCUCGAACAUUCGAUGCAAGAGCGCGAAUCUUGUUUGAAAUUCGAAAACAAAAUUCGGUAACUCAUAAAAGAUGAUUCUAGAUGUUUAAUAUAGUAUGUACUAAUUUAGAAAAGAAAAAGAAAAGCAAUAUUUAGUGAAUAAAAUUAAUUCCAAUAAUAAAAAUUUGAAAUAAAUCUUUUAUUCCGUA